AUGGAAAUCUUUUAUGAAUACACUGAAUUCUCACGUCAUGAACCAGGUGUUGCUCAUGUCUUGGUUACUGGAGGUGCUGGCUACAUUGGUUCACAUGCGACAUUGCGACUUCUGAAGGACUCAUAUCGUGUGACAGUGGUGGAUAAUCUCUCAAGGGGAAAUAUUGGUGCCAUCAAGGUCCUACAGCAGCUAUUUCCAGAACCUGGGAGACUUCAGUUUAUAUAUGCUGACCUGGGUGAUGCGAAAGCUGUGCAUAAAUUUUUUUCAGAAAAUGCAUUUGAUGCUGUGAUGCAUUUCGCAGCCGUAGCAUAUGUUGGAGAAAGCACUCUAGAUCCCCUCAAUCAAUCUGAUACUCCAAAUGCUUCAAGCCACGCCACGGUGGAUGAUCUUUCUGACGAACCAAGUAACAAAAUUUCAUGA